AUGGAGGAAAUCUCAGAGGUCCAGCAAACAAGUGAUGCUGAAGCUGUAGCAGCAGAAGAUGGAGUUGGUUCAGAUAAGACUGCUACCGCUGAGAACCCGGAGCAGGUGCAGAUACUGGCUGAUGCUGUGGAGAUUGAGCAGAAUGGUGAAGAAGAGAAGGAUGAUGAAGAGAAGAAACAGAAAGCUGCAGAGUUGGGGAAAUACUGGUCAGCUGUGGAGGAGAAUCCAAUGGACUUCACUGGCUGGACUUACCUGCUUCAGUAUGUGGAACAAGAGAAUGAUCCAGAACACUGCCGAAAGGCGUAUGAAGCAUUUUUUUCCCAUUACCCUUACUGCUACGGCUACUGGAAAAAGUACAGUGACAUGGAAAAGAAGCAUGGCAACAAGGAACUGGCUAAAGAGGUAUUUGAGAAGGGACUUCGAGCAAUCCCACUGAGUGUUGAACUGUGGCUUCAUUAUAUUAGUUUUUACAUCACAGAAUAUGGAUCUGAACCAAACGCAAAGGAUAAAAUCAGAAAGCUAUAUGAGAGGGCUCUGGCAGCGGCGGGAUUAGAGUUCAGAUCUGACAAACUGUGGGACUCUUUCAUUUCAUGGGAAAGUACGGGUGGCAACCUGAAGAGCAUGACAGCCAUUUAUGAGAGGCUGAUUCAGACACCAACUCAGCUGUACAGUCACCACUGGGAUAACUACCAGAAACACAUUAAUAAUCAUCAUCCAAAGGAAAUUCUUGAUGUGGACACGUUCCUCAAAAUCCGAUCCGAAACUUUGGGGAAAUCCUUGAAUUACCAGUUUGAGGAGGAUCUGGAGGGGGGACUGGAUGAAACCUUGUCAGAGUCUACUGACUUAGAUGCUCCACCUGGUAUUAGGGAAGUUUUAUUCAAAGCAAACGAGGCGGAAAUAAGCAAAAGGUGGACAUUUGAAGAAAGUAUUCGCCGACCAUACUUCCAUGUGAAGCCUCUGGAGCGAGGGCAGCUGAAAAACUGGAGAGACUAUCUGGAUUUUGAGAUCUCUCAGGGCAACCACAAUAGAGUAGUGGUGUUGUUUGAGCGAUGCAUGAUUGCCUGUGCGUUGUAUGAAGACUUCUGGAUGAAAUAUGCCAAGUACCUAGAGCAGCACAGCAUUGAUGGCGUUAGAAGUGUGUACCAAAGAGCUUGUGAUAUCCAUCUACUAAAGAAACCUUACAUUCACCUGGCAUGGGCAGCCUUUGAAGAAAGACAAGGUAAUUAUCCACUUGCUCGAAGAAUUUUAACAAAUUUAGAAACGAAUGUGCCUGGCCUGGCUAUGGUGUGUGUGAGAAGGAUUAGCCUGGAGCGGCGGAGCAAAAACCACCAGGCUGCGGAAGAGCUGUUUAAAAUGUACAUCGACAAGGCUGUGAGCCACAAAACAAAAACAUUCUUCUCAAUCAAGUGUGCCAGGUACUUGCAAAAGGUUAUGGGAGAGACGGAGAAGGCUAGAAAAGUAUUACUAGAUAUUUUAGACAAAGAUAAUUCGAACGAGAAAGUCUUCUUACAACUGCUAGACCUGGAGUACCAGUGCCAGCCCAUCGACGAGAGCCGAAUCAUGGAUGUAUUCAAUAGAUUGUUGAAAAGUGAUGUGUCUUUAGAGUUCAAGGUCAAAGUCUCUCAGCGGCGGAUGGAGUUUCUGGAAGAUUUCGGCACCUGCAUACAGAAGAUUACGGAAGCAUAUGAUGAUCAUCAAAAGCUUCUCAAAGAAGCCGGCACCAAGAAAAAGCGCCCAGAUAAAGAAUAUUUACCUGAAGAACCAGCAGAUAAAAAAUCCAAGCAUGAAGCAGUAGCCAGUUUCCCCCCAGUGCCAGAACACACUCUACCACUUUUACCACCGCCACCAGUCGGAGUGCCACCACCUCCACCAGUAGGAGCA